AUGGAUUUUAUGCGUCGUUGGACGCUAACUGAGCAGACGUUGUUCUCGAACAGCACCACCCAAGGAUCGUUGGAAGGACCACCUCAGCUUGACAUCAUUGCCGACGGAGUCAGUGAACAUCGAGGUAAUUUCCUGCUCAGUCCUGUGAAAGCGAUGUAUUCGUUGAUAAGUGGCCAAAAUGAUGAAACACGUGAUCCAGCAAGCGGAUCAGCUUCCGGAAUGGAUGAAACUGAAGCGUCAACAUCAGCAAGUAGUAGUGUGACAUGCAGGAGACGAGCCACUUUAUCAAAGGAACCGCCAAUUGUUGAUCUCACUGACGAUUCGAACAAUCAAACCAAUUCGAGAACCAGUGUUGAAUCUGAUACAUCCAGUGUAUUUUCUCCUGUAAAUGCGCAACUAAACAUUCGACGUAGAACUGAAGACGCCGAACAUCUGGAUUUUAACGACGAUGGAAAUACCGAAGAUGUGGAGUACAUUGAAACUCGUGUAUCUCCAUCUUGUGUAGAGAACCAGGAUGAGGAGGAUGAGGUUGUUAUACAGUUCGUAAAAGAAGUUGAACGGCAGGACGAAGCCGAUGAUGUGGAAAUUGUUGCUGAAGUUUGUAACUUUCCGAAGGAAACCAUAUUGGCGGACAGAAAAUCUGUCGAGUCUGUAAGGGAACAGUCGUUUUUCCAGCCUUCGAAUGUAAAUCUGCUUGCCCGAGACUGCUUGUUGGAUAUGCUUGUGAAAAUGGGUGGAAAUAAAGUUAUAUACCCAGCUGCAAAUAAAUUGUCGUUUCCUGAGACAGUAGAUAAAACCAAACCUUUUCGGAAGACGAAGCGAGUGGUUGAUGGAUAUGAUGGCAUAAAUAGGGUACGCUCUGCUCUGGACAAAUGUUUGCCGAAAAACUCCACUAAAAAUAAGCCUGAGACAAAAGAUUUGAAUAAGUCCUUUGAGCGACAAUCUUCUUCAGAACAGUUGAGUGAAUCCUCUUUGUCCGAAGCUGUUAACGGUGAAGACCCACGUAUUCUAUCAAAUUCUGAAAUCCAGAGCUCCCGUUCAACGACUCCGGCGAGUGAAUUCUCUGCUGGAGUAAAUCGAAUCACAGAACUGCUGGAAAAACUGAACAACAUUGGUCAACGUCCGACACCAGAUCAGAAGUACAACAGAUUUGCUGCCGAAAGGCAAGAAUUGCGUGAUAGAGAGAUUGAACUUCAAGAGGAAGUUCGUAUACGACAUCUAGCUCGACAACGUAGACGAGAACGUAUCCAGGAACAGACACGACGACGACUUGAGUUACUUGGAAUUCGUCCCCCAACGGCGAAACCCAAAAUCAAGGACGAGUUCCCACCGCUAUCUGCCGAAGUUGAGGAGCUAUGUCAACGCAUAUGGAACAGACGCUUACCAGAAUCGGAAGAACUCACUGAGGCGUUCGGCUUUAAAUUGACGCGGAAGGACCUCUCAACGUUAUCUGGUUUGGACUGGUUGAACGAUGAAGUAAUAAAUUUUUAUUUGCAAUUAGUUUGUCAAAGAAGCAUGGACGCGAAGGAUCUUCCAAAGGUGUAUGCUUUCAACACAUUCUUCUAUGCGAGUAUUUCCACGAAAGGCUAUGCUUCUGUCAAAAGGUGGACGAGAAAAGUUGAUAUCUUUGCGUACGACAUACUUUUGGUGCCGAUACACCUCAGCGUUCAUUGGUGUGUAGCGGUAAUUGAUCUGGCGGAAAGACGCAUUGAUUAUUAUGACUCAUUGCUUGGAAGAAACCAAAAGUGCCUCGACCUUCUGAAGAACUACCUCAUUGAAGAAUGCAAAGAUAAGAAGAAACAGGUCUUUGAUUUCAAAGGAUGGGAGUUUAAUUUACGCACGGAUAUUCCUCGUCAGAUGAAUGGCAGCGAUUGUGGCGUGUUUCUGUGUAAAUUCGCAGAAUUCGCUUCCAGAAGAGCGCCGAUAGUGUUCACACAGCAACACAUGCCAUACUAUCGGCGACGAAUGCUGUACGAGUUAGUCAAGAAGAAGUUGUUGUAG